AUGAAUUUAAACUUAAGUGGAAUUGUUGGAAAACCCUAGGAUGAGAGUCAAAUUGAAAAACUUAAGAAAUCAUAAUUUGACACAAAAUAUGAAAGCUAUUUAUCAGAAUUGAAGAAAUUUCAAGAUUACUUGGAGCCAUAACUAUCUGACUCUGAUUAACUAGAGAACCCCAAUAAUAUAAUACUUGGCAGUGAAUCUUCAGUUUAGUAUCAAAAUCAUGAAUUAUCUGAAGAAGAUUAAAAAUCGCCCCGAGAUUAAAGAGAUUAAGAAGAGUAAAAGCAUCACGAUGCUGAAAUGAUUAGAAUUAAGCUAAUGAAGCUCGGAAAUACCUUGGCAAAGCAAAAGUCUCUACUCAAAUAAGCAAAUCAAAACAUCCAAAUACUCAAUCUGUCUCAAAAUUCUAUAGACGCUAAAUUUCUCUAAAUGAAUAUGAAACUACUAUAAGAGUUAUUCUCUUAGAAUAAAAUAAUUGAGCUAAAUCUUAGUUAUAAUAUGAUUGGCGAUGAUGGCAUUAAAGAACUUAUCAACGUAUUCUAGAAUCAGAAUGGGAGUUUUAAAAUCCUAAAUUUGAGAUCAAAUUGUAUUACCCAUUAAAGUUCUUAAGUAAUCUCUUAGAUAAUGAUACGAAAUGAAAACCUAGAAUUAGAUAUAUCGCAGAACUCUUUAAAAGAUUAAUUCUUUCAACAAAUAGUACUCGAGAGAUCUGGAAAUGGGUAUAAUGUGAUUCAUCUCAUUUUAGAAAUUUGUGAUUUGAGUGAUAGAACAAUUAUUAUCCUGACUGAAAAUCUCAAACUUUUUCCUUUUCUUACAAAGAUAAACCUAGACUAUAAUAACUUUAAGAAUUAGUAGUUGAUAGAAGACCUACAAGUAAAAAUACUGCUAAGAUAAAAAUCUAAGAAAUGGGACUAGGAUCUUCCAUUGCCUAUUCAAUCAGAGCAAUCCUCUGACAUUACUGAUCUUUACUUCACAGAUCUAAACGAUUUACUAACAUUAAAGUACAUUUUUGAAAAAACUUAACUUAUAAUCAGUGAUAGAAUUCUAACUCUAAACUAGUAAAAGAUUGAGCAUAUAUUCCAAAUUUAAAACAAGAUAAUUCAGAAGUUUCUGAAUCUAUAUCACAGAUCAAUAACAUAAGUGUCAAGUAAUAGUGAAUUUUCUUCGCCUAUGAAAGGAGGAGAUCAGAAUAAAAAUAUCAAUUUAGCACCAAUGCCUCUCAAAUAAGAAAUUAUAUCUAGCUCGAUUGAUUUAGUAUAAAGUUUUAGAUCUAUCGCUCUGUAAAGCAAUAUCACUGUGCUAGACAUAUCCAACAACAAUUUAGCUGAUGCUAACUUAACAAGAGGUAUUAAUAUGCUAAAAAUUUGCUCUCAUAAGUUAAGUGUUCUAAUCCUUGAUGGAAAUAACAUGAGUUUUCAUUCCUUAAAAUCCCUGAAAAGCAUUAUUGAAAAACUUGGUAUUACACACAUUAAUAUGCUAAGUCUAAGAAAUUGUGGUAUCAAAUGCAAUUGUUAAUAAAGUGAUUAUAAUCCUAAUGAUUUUAGUAGUUUUAGAUCAAAAGCUCAAAUUAAUAAAUGCUAAGUGGAAAUGUUGAUCUGUAUUCUCGAAAUUAUAUCAGAAGAUAUAACUUACUUAGAUCUCUCUGAUAACAAAGAAAUCGGUAUUUGCUUUAUGUUGCAUAUUAAUAUGGUAAAAAUGAUUAAAAUUAGGACUUUAAAACUUUGCUCUAUAACCUAAGAUUAAAAUAUGAUUAAAAAAUUUAAGACUUAUCUGAGAUAAAAUUCUUAGAUUUUAGAUUUUCAAUUGAUUUCGCCUGAUAUGGCUUUUAAUCCUACUAUUCUUUCAUAUUAUAAGUAAAAGAUACAACCAAUUAUUCAGGAAAACUAAGAAAAAUUUAAAAAAGAAAACAAAAUUUAAGAUAUUUAAAAGCUAUUUCUAAAUAUGAGAUUGAGCAUUAUAAACGAUAACAUGUAUAUAAAUACAGAUCAUAUUUAUUUCUUUUCAGAUUCCUUUAAUAAACAGAUUAAAUUUUAUCAGGCUUUUGAUUUCAAAACUAAUAAAAAGUAUAUUUUAAUUCCAGAUGAUUAAGCCUUGAUGAUUUAAAAAGAAGAUUAGGGAAUUUGGUUGAAUAACCUUGGCUUUAGUUAUUAUCAUUUCAAAGAUGGUAUUAAAAGAUGCUAUAUUUAUGAAAACUUUGAUUAUGUUCUCUUGGAUCUCAUAAAGCAAAGUAAUCAAAGUGAGAUUAAUGGAAAAAUUGGAGGAUCUGAUUUAGAUAAACUCCAAAUUUCAAAGUUAGUUUUAGAUUUUUAUGAGAAAUUUGCUAGAAUAAAACAAGCAUUCUUUUUCCACUCAAGCUAAUUAGUUAUUAUUAGACUGUAAACCGACUUUGUCUUAAAGUUAUUGCCAUACAAGCCAUUCUUUGAUUAUACAGUGAUGCUGCAGGAUGUUAAAUAAUAAGAAGAUUUAGAUAUUUCAACAUUUAGGAGUACACUUAAUAGCUUUAUUAAUGAAUAAAUACUUCCAAAUAAGAUUAAGAUUCAUGCACUGAAAAAGUAUUGGAAGUAUGUCUUUUCUAUCAACAGUAAUUCUAGCACUGAUGAGGAAUAUUUACAAAAAUAGACAAUGAAAGUUUAAAGGCUUAUAAAAAAUAUCAAGGAUUAAAAGGCUUUGUAUGAUAAAAAUACACUAUAGAUGUUAAAUGUAGCACUAUUGAUUUUAAAUGAUAUUUAUGGAAUGAAGCUAAAUUUUAAGAAGCAUAAAGAUGCUGCAAUAUAGAUGGAUAAAUUGCUUUUGAAGUUCUUUUUAAAAUGCAAUGAGGAAGAUUAAGAGAAUUAAGAUUUUAAUGCAAUUGGUGGAAUUGAUGUCGAAAUAAAGUCCGCAUCUUCAUCAAACUAUAAUGAUGAGGAGAAAAUAGAUACAUUUUUAGCUGAUAAUGUUUAUCUAAGGCUAAGUUAAUUGUUAAAUUAAUGA